GUGAGGGGCUGGAGAAAUGAUUGCGUGAGACGAGCAAGAGCGCUAUAAGAACACUAAUGCUGAGAGCAGGAGUGGCCAAACCCUGAAACCAGAACUGUGAAGAGAAGCGGGACCUCUUUCACAGGUCAGUUAAAGGAUGAAGGUGAGCAGUGCUCUCUUGUGGAUGAUGGUUUGUGUUGUGGUGCUGCAGGUGCACUGUCAGCACUGGUCAUAUGGCCUGAGCCCUGGAGGCAGACGUGCAGCGGAGAGCCUGAUGGGCACUUUGCAGGCGGCUGAAGAUCUCCCAAGAAAGGGCCCGACAAGCUACGUGUGCGAUUAUGUGGAUUUGUCCCCUCAUAAUAAACUGUCCAAACUAAAAGAACUGUUGGACAGUCUUGCUGACAGCGAAAGCUGAAAGUGACAGCGCAGGACCUGACCGAGACACUUAAUAAAACACUGUGCCUUCA